AAUCAGGCAUCGACCCUGCCGAUCCUUUUCCUGGCCCUGAGAUCAUGUCUGGGACUCUGGGGUGGUUCUCAUUUCCAAUCGUUCCCUUGCAAAUUUUACUGCACGGAACUAUCUAUUUUAAGUGGGUCCCCUUAUUGUUUUUGUGGUUAAGUAUCGGGACUCGAUUGGUGGAGCUUCCCGGCAGUACUGCCAUCCGUUGUAACGCAUGUAAUCUCAAAACGUCUUCCCUCUGUAUUACUACUACUUAAUGCCCAAGUCUAGAACAUUAGAUUAUGUCCCUUACCACUUGAAGUAGUACUAGUCGUCGUCCCU